AUGAGUGCGGAAGCAAGCACGAGCACGAGCCGUAAGCGAGUGCGGGACGAGGAUGGAGAUGGUUUUACGCGUGACGACGGCGGGCGGACCGGCAAGGCGGCGCGCGGGCUGGACGGUGAGGCCGUGCCGGGUGUGCCCGGGCUGACGGUAGUGACCGACGCGGUGAGCCCCGAAGACGAGUUGGCGCUGCUGGCACAGGUCGACAACGGCGAGUGGAUGACGUCACUCAAGCGACGGGUCCAGCACUACGGCUACCGGUAUGACUACCGAAGUCGCAAGGUGGCGCCCGAGUCGUAUCUCGGCGAGCUGCCAGAAUGGAGCAAGCAAGUGAUGGCUCGGCUGGGAGCGGCAGGCGACGGAGAGUUUGACCAGCUCAUCGUCAACGAGUAUGAGCCCGGGCAGGGCAUCUCUGCCCACAUCGACUGCAAACCGUGCUUUGCGGGCGUCAUCGUCUCGGUCUCGCUCGGCUCGGGUGCGGUGAUGCGGUUUGCCAAAGACGACGUUGUGUGCGACGUGUGGCUCCCAGCGCGGUCGGCGGUCGUUCUCACCGGGCCUGCGCGAUGGGAGUGGAGCCACAGCAUUGCCGGGCGCAAGUCGGACAAGGUUGGCGGGGUGCGCAUCAAGCGGACGCGACGGGUCUCGCUCACAUUUCGCACUGUUCGGUUGGCCGGCAGUGAGCCAGCUACCGGUGAGUAGGCUUGGCGGGCGCGGCGGCGGCGGCGGCGUCAGCGAGGUCCCUGUCGGCGACAGCGGCGACAGCAACAAAGUGGUUGACCAUAGCUGCCAGCGGCGGAAGCCAGCGGUUGCGGAGACCCUCGACGGCAAUAAAGACGCCGGCCUUGCG